UUCGCUAUGGCGUGUAUAGGGUCGAGUAGGCUCUGUGCUCGUGCAGAGAAAUUGUGCCAGUUUGGACAUUUCGCCCAAUUACGAAGGAAAGUUUCGACGACAUGUGUCACGUCACGACCCAGAAUCGAACAUCCGACCAGUGUUUUGGUUCAACAUUGUCAGAGUAGAACGAGCACACGAGACUGCAGGUCGAAUGUCACGAGGAUGAUGAGUUCUAUGCAGACGCAACUUCCUGGAUCCUUGCGCGAUUAUCAAGUCGACCCUUACCGACUUCUCGAGGAUGACCUGAAAGAUGUUUACGACAACAUACGAGAGGUACUCAUCAGGAACACGACGCAGAAGGAGCUGCAAACUAUAGCGACGUACUACUUCGACGGUAAGGGAAAGGCGUUGCGGCCGAUGGUAGCAUUUCUCAUGGCACGGGCUAUCAAUUAUCACAAGGAAAGAAACGGUCUCUUGGCGUCGCAGCGAAGGGUGGCGAUGAUCGCCGAGAUGAUUCACAACGCUUCCUUGAUCCACGACGACGUAAUCGACCAGCCAGACUUCCGCCGUGGCAAGCCUUCGAUCAAUGUCGUCUGGAGUCAAAAAAAGGUGACAAUGGCGGGAGAUUAUAUUCUGGCAAUCGUGUCGAUAAUGAUAGCUCAGCUGCAGAAUGACAAUGUCACCCUCACUCUCAGUCAGGUCGUGACGGACCUGGUCCAGGGUGAAUUUAUGCAGCUCGGUUCUAAGGAGACGGAAAAUGAAAGAUUUGCGCAUUACUUAACGAAAACGUAUCGCAAAACAGCCAGUUUGAUCGCGAAUUCCUUGAAAGCAGUAGCCAUGCUAGGAGGUGCUGAUGAACAGUUGGCGGAAGUAGCUUUCCAAUAUGGCAGGAAUGUCGGUUUAGCGUUUCAAUUAGUCGACGAUCUAUUAGAUUUCGUUUCUUCUUUACCGACGAUGGGAAAACCUACUGCAGCAGAUCUUAAGCUUGGUCUUGCAACAGCUCCAGUUCUGUUCGCCUGUGAACGGUAUCCAGAGUUAAACGCGAUGAUUAUGCGCCGGUUUCAAGAGCCAGGGGACGUUGAAAAAGCGUUCGAGUUAGUGCACAAAUCGCACGGUCUCGAUCAAACGAGAUUCUUAGCGCGAAAGCAUUGCGUGGAAGCCGCGAAGCUUGCACAAUCUUUAGCCGAAAGUCCGUACCAAAAAGGUCUACAAGUGGUCUGCGAUUUGGUAUUGAAUCGUAUGAAAUAAUGUUAUGAAAAAUCGAUCGUCGAGAACUGUAUAUGAAUGUAAAGGGAACGACGAAAACGUAGCGACAGAGAGAAAGAAAAAAAACUAGUAACCGCUGAGAAUUAACGUUGGCCAUUGAGGUAACACGCCAAUUCAUUCAGUUUGCACCGAACGGAAAUAUAAUGUGCUACUGAAUAACGACAGUUUCUACCGGUUGAAAGAAGUUGAACAACACACAUCACGAUAUUCUUGUAAAACACACUCAAACCUCGUGGCAAACAAACGUGUUCAAUCGAUCGUUGUUAAUGAUAUUUCAAUUCUAUUUUUAAACCUGUAUGUUUGUAACAUAGAAGUUUAAGAUGUUUAUAUUUACGGGAUUGUUGAUGAAGUGAUAAUUUGAUAAAAAGGAAAAAGGAAAAAAAAG